AUGGCCUCCUCCUCACCACUACCACCACCAGCACCACCACGAUCUCCCUCCCCCUCGGGCGAGAAGAAGUCGGACCCCGAACGUCAAGAUGAAUUAUACACCAAGCCCGACGACCUAGAAGACGGCCACCAACAAAACCCAGCAGCCUCUUCCUCAACCCUCGAGAUCCUCGACCCCAAAGCCGAGACGGCCCUCCUGCACAAGCUCGACUCCGUCUUCGUCCCCAUCAUCAUGCUCGUCUACCUCUCCUGCUUCCUCGACCGCUCCAACAUCGGCAACGUCAAAGUCGCCGGCAUGCCCGAGGACAUCAACGCCACCCCGGCCCAAUUCUCCACGGCCGUCUCCAUCUUCUACGCCACCUACGUCGCGUUUGAAGCGCCCUGGGCUAUCUUGCUCAAGCGGCUGACGCCCCGCGUGACGCUCACCACUCUAUGUGUGGUGUGGAGUCUGACGACCAUUUUCUCGGGGUUCAUCACCAACAUUGGCGGACUUUACGCGGCGCGUCUGGUGUUGGGGGCGUGCGAAGGCGGACUGUUCCCGGGCCUGAAUCUUUAUUUGACCAUGGUGUAUAAGCGGGAGGAACAAGCGCGGCGCGUGUCAUAUCUGUUUGUGUGCACGGCGAUUGCGGGGGCGUUUGGUGGGCUGUUGGCCUACUUGAUUCUCAAGAUGGACGGGGUGGGCGGGCAGGCCGGGUGGCGGUGGGUGUACAUCAUUGAGGGCAUCUUCAGCGUCUUGAUUGGGGCGCUGGUGUGGUUCGCGCUGCCGAAUGAUCCCACCGAGGCGUACUUCUUGAAUGAAGAGGAGAAGCGGAUGAUGAGGGUGCGGGCGAGGCAGAGGGCGCAGUACAUGGGCAGCGAGGACUUCAGCUGGGAGGAGAUCCGGAUUGCCCUGAAGGAUACCAAGUUGUGGCUUAGCGGCGCGAUCCAGUUUUGUCAGGAUAUACUGCUGUUUGGGUUUAGCACGUUCUUGCCGAGUAUCAUCCAGAGUAUGGGCCACACCAGCAUUGAGGCGCAGUACUUGACGAUUCCCGUGUACAUCACGGGCGGGCUGUUCUUCAUGGGGCUGGCGUUCUUGUCGGAUAAGAUUGCUGUCCGGGGACCGCUGGUGGCGUUUGCCAAUAUCUUUGGCAUCUUGGGGUACAUUUUGAUUAUCUGCCCGACGAGCAACGGGGUCAAGUUCUUUGGGACGUUCCUUUGUGCCGCGGCGGUGUACAGUGGCCCCGGACUGAACUUGACGUGGCUUAAUGUCAAUGUCGCCCCGCAUUAUCGAAGGGCGGCGGCGAUUGGGUUUCAGCAGACCAUGGCCAACACGGCGGGCAUUGUGGCCGGGCAGAUUUAUCGGGAGAAGCCGUACUUGCUGGGGAACGCGUUCUCGCUCGGGGCGUUGGUCGUGUCUGAGUUUCUGAUUGCUGGCUUGUGGUUGUAUAUCCGGUCAUGUAAUAGGAAGAAGGAGAGGAUCACCAAGGGGGAGAUUGAGGAUACUAGGAAGGUCAAGACGGGCGAUGGGGCGCUGGACUUCAAGUAUCAUCUGUAGUGAGAGUAGACACAUGGGGUUUGUGUAUAGCCUUGUAGCUUUAGAGAUAUAGUUUUUGGUAUCAAUUGCUCGAACCCAUCGUUC